AUGCCCCGGAAGAGGAAUCUGGAGGAUCUGUGGUGGUCUGUUUUUCCUAUUGGGACUGAGCGGGAAAGCAUUGAUAUGAUAAAGGAAUUCAACUGGAACUUCGAAAAUUUAGAGAAAACACUAGAGGAAGGGGGAGAACUAUAUGGGAAGACGGUUUACUUGUUUGGAAGCACCGAGUCACAACUAUCGGAUGUUAAUGGUGAAUUGAAGAUCAUACUUGUUCCUGUUGUAGUUGCUGUUGACUGUCCUUUUCCUCCAUCAGAUAAGAUUGGCAUAAAUUUGGUUCAAACGGGAGAAGAAGAAAUAGUACCAAUGAAAAAGAUGAAGAUGGCAUGGGUGCCUUAUGUUCCUCUUGAGGACCGGUUUGGCAGGAUUGAACGUUUGAAAACAAAAAUCUUCACUCUCUGUUGCACCCAGCGGAGGUCUGCGCUGAAGCAUAUGAGAACUGAGAGAGCCAACAAGUUCAACUACUGCACGCCCUAUUACAUGCCACUAAAUCCCCCUGAAGAUGAAGAUGGCACAGUUGUCAGCGUCAUAUAUCCUCUAGAACCCCCGAUAAUUUGUGAUUUUGACUUGGAAUGUGAUUCUUACGAGGAUUUAGCUGAUAAGAUAGUCAAAGCUGAGGGGUUGCCAGAGGAUGAGAGGGAAAAAAUUGAGAAAUUUCUAAAGGAGAAGGUUAAACAAGGGGAAAUAAAACUGAAACAGGCUGAAGAAGCCAGGAAGAAAGCUCUUGAAGAUAUGGACCCUAAGCAAAGAGAGGCAUUUGAAAACAUCAAAUUUUACAAAUUCUAUCCUGUGAAAACCCCGGAUACACCUGAUGUUAAUGUGAAGUCGAGGUACAUCAACAAAUAUUAUCUCAAGGCACAUUAUCUGAUGUAA